CGUCGUCGUAUCGCCUCAACCACUUCACACUUCCUUCCGGAAGCUUAUUUCUCGCGUACCUCCGUCGAUUGCCGGCUCGCGCUAAAUGCCCCAUUGUGCCAGUAAUUAACUCCCCGACCUUGAGUGUCCCUAAUUGCCUGAUUAAACGCGACGGGCCAUUCAUCAGUCGCCCGUUCUCCGCCGAAAUUCGAAAAUUUCCUCGGUCUUCCGUUGCCAAGAAACGACUUUCCAAGCACGCGCUCAACGCGGAAUCGAUACUCCCACGGUGUUGGAUGCUAUUCAUCGCCAAAAACAAUAAAUAUGACGAUACUCUUGCGGAAAUCUCGGAAAAUGUGAAGUGGUGAGGCCAUGCCGCUUUACACCGAACUGUACAACUCGAUACGCGCCAGAAUCCUUCAUCACGAGGAAGAUGGAACAGCGUCGUCUUCGAACCUGGACAGAGAGACGGAACCAGGGGAUGCCCACGCCCCGAGCGAAGACCGCGUGAUCUUCAUCAACAGAGCACAACCGCCGGUACCCAAGUUCGUCAACAACAGAAUAUCGACUGCUAAGUAUAGUGUUAUACGUUUCAUACCGUUGUUCCUGUUCGAACAGUUCCGAAGAUGGGCGAAUAUAUUUUUUCUUAUGAUUGCCCUCUUGCAACAAAUUCCGGACGUGUCGCCGACUGGACGUUACACCACACUAGUGCCUCUUAUUUUUAUUCUUUCAGUGUCAGCUAUCAAAGAGAUCAUAGAAGAUAUCAAACGCCACAGGGCCGACGACGAAACCAACCACCGCAAAAUCGAGGUUCUGCGAGGCGAAAAUUGGAUUUCCAUAAGGUGGAUGGACGUGAUCGUGGGGGAUAUAGUCAAAGUCCUCAAUAACACGUUUUUUCCAGCCGAUUUGGUACUGUUGUCUUCUAGCGAACCCCAAGGGAUGAGUUUCAUCGAAACGGCAAACCUGGACGGAGAAACGAACUUAAAAAUUCGUCAAGCUCUUCCGAAUACCGCGAAGUUGACGACGAUAAGCGACUUGAAGGACCUGUCGGGGACGAUAGAGUGCGAACCGCCGAAUCGACAUCUAUACGAGUUCAACGGAGUCCUCAAGGAAACUAAUAAGUUGCCGCAGCCCCUAGGCCCCGACCAGAUCCUCCUAAGAGGGGCUAUGUUGCGCAACACUUCGUGGGUUUUCGGUAUCGUCAUCUACACAGGUCACGAGACUAAACUGAUGCGGAACUCCACCACAGCCCCUUUGAAACGAUCAAGCGUCGACAAACUCACAAACAUCCAAAUUCUGCUCCUCUUCGGGAUUCUGUUCAUCAUGUGUCUAAUCAGUGCCAUCUUUAAUUUAAUCUGGAGCAACAACAACAAAGGCGCCAAUAGCUAUAUAGGGUUGAGUGAAACUGCGAGCGAAAACUUCGCCUACAACCUCCUCACGUUCUUGAUCCUCUUCAACAACCUCAUCCCGAUAUCGUUGCAAGUCACCCUCGAAGUCGUUCGCUUCAUCCAAGCCAUCUUCAUCAACAUGGACAUCAAGAUGUACCACGUCGAGACCGACACCCCCGCCAUGGCUCGAACCUCCAACCUCAACGAAGAACUCGGUCAGGUUAAAUACAUCUUCUCGGACAAAACCGGGACUCUCACUUGUAACGUGAUGGAGUUCAAGCGCUGCGCUAUCGCCCACGACGUCUACGACGCCGUCGCCGACGACUACAACGACGCUCUCAUCGUGCAACAUUUACGCCACAAUCAUAAAAACGCACCAUUGAUUAAAGAACUCCUCGUGUUGUUGUCGGUUUGUCAUACCGUCAUCCCCGAGAAGAUGCCCGACGGGAGUAUAGUUUAUCACGCCGCCUCCCCCGACGAGCGCGCCCUAGUCUACGGAGCCUCUCGCUUCGGCUACGUUUUCAAAAGUCGCACCCCCAGCUUCGUCGAAAUCGACGCUUUGGGUGAAACCGAGCGCUACGAAAUCCUGUCAGUCUUGGAGUUCUCGUCAGCCAGGAAACGCAUGUCGGUGAUCGUGAGGGACCCCUCUGGUAAAAUCAAGCUGUUUUGUAAAGGGGCGGACACUGUGAUUUACGAACGACUGGAUAACUCAGGCCGCGAACACAGUGAGGUCUUAUUACAACACCUGGAGAACUUCGCCACGGAGGGUUUAAGAACGCUGUGUUGCGCAGUCGCCGAGCUAAAAAAAGCGGAAUACGAAGAUUGGAAGAAUUUGUAUCACAAGGCGACGAUUUCGCUCCAACACCGAGAAGAAAAAGUCGAGGAGGCGGCGAAUUUAAUCGAGCGGAAGUUGAAGUUGAUUGGUGCCACAGCGAUUGAAGAUAAGUUGCAGGAAGGUGUACCUGAAACGAUAGCGACGUUGUUGAAUGCGAACAUCAACAUUUGGGUUUUAACGGGGGAUAAGCAAGAAACUGCGAUUAAUAUCGGGUAUUCGUGCAGGCUCUUGUCACACGGGAUGCAGCACAUCAUCCUCAACGAAGACGGCCUCGACAACACCCGCGAGUCCAUUCUUCGCCACAACUCCGAACUCGGCGACAACUUAAACAAACAAAACGAAAUCGCGCUGGUUAUAGACGGCAAGACGCUGAAGUACGCCCUCAGCUGCGAGCUACGUACCGAUUUCCUCCAGCUGUGUAUUUCCUGUAAAGUCGUGAUUUGUUGUCGGGUUUCGCCCAUGCAGAAAGCCGAAGUCGUCGAGUACGUCACCAAGCACACCAAAACCGUGACGCUGGCGAUCGGCGACGGCGCCAACGACGUGGCUAUGAUCCAAAAAGCGCACGUGGGGGUGGGUAUUUCGGGGGCGGAAGGGCUGCAGGCGGCGUGCGCCUCCGACUACAGCAUAGCCCAGUUCAGGUUCCUGCUGCGGCUGCUUUUAGUGCACGGCGCGUGGAACUACUCACGUAUGUGCAAACUCAUCCUUUACAGCUUCUACAAGAACAUCUGUCUCUACGUCAUCGAGCUCUGGUUCGCUAUUUAUUCGGGCUGGUCUGGGCAGAUUUUGUUCGAGCGGUGGUCGAUCGGGUUGUAUAAUGUUAUUUUUACGGCUUUGCCGCCCUUAGCGAUGGGGUUGUUCGAUAAGGCGUGCAGCGACGAAGUCAUGGUCAAACACCCGCAGUUGUACAAACCGUCGCAGAGUGGCCAACUUUUCAACGUCAAGGUGUUUUGGUUGUGGGUGGUGAACGGGAUGAUACAUUCGGCCAUUUUGUUUUGGCUGCCGCUGCUGAUUUGUCAGUACGAUAUUUUGUGGAUGUCGGGCCGGGAUGGGGGAUAUUUGGUGCCGGGGAGUUUCGUGUACACGUAUGUGGUGAUCACUGUGUGCUUGAAGGCGGGGCUGGUCACUAAUUCGUGGACGUGGUUGACGCACUGCGCCAUCUGGGGGUCCAUAGUCUUGUGGUUUUUGUUCAUCAUUGUGUACAGCUUCUUCUGGCCGACGCUGGCCUUCGGCAGCGUGAUGACAGGGAUGUACUUAAUGAUUUUCACCUCGGCCGUGUUCUGGUUGGGCAUGUUCCUCAUCCCCGCCAUAGCCAUAAUUCCAGAUUUCCUCGUCAAAGUGGUUCAUGGCACGGUGUUCAAGUCUCUCACGGACGCUGUUCGCGAGGGGGAGAUUCGCAAGACCGGCACCGACGUAUUCAGGGGUGAAUCCAAGAACUCACUCUCGGAGACUGCCCGUUUGCUGAAGAACGUGUUCACUCGCCGCACCCCGCGGAUCGACUUGGAGGUCGAGAUGUCACAUGGGUUCGCUUUUUCGCAAGAAGAGGGCGGUGUGGUGUCCCAGACUGCGGUUAUCAGGGCUUACGACACCAACAUUCCCAAACCGGACGGGAUGUAAUUCCACGCUCCGACACAGCCAAAAUAUGUGCUUUUCUAGCUUGUAAGUGGUCUAGUUUCGUUCGAGGGGUGAAACAUACAGGGAGCGCUAAUACUUUCGAGCUUACGUCGAGGGACGCUUGUGCCAAAGGGGUGGGGCGAGCUUGUGUAUGUUUCAUCCGAUUUCGUUACAAGUAAGGGGCGCCGGGCGCUUUUUAUUUCGGUUUUUUAUUGACUGACUGUCUUGGGUCAAGGAGAGAAUGGAAAGCGCUCCGGCCCCCAACACGAGUGUGUCAAAUUACUACAAUCACAGUCUAGGUGAGAUUAGUUCUACAAUAAGUCACUGUCACGUGCCUUUCUGAAUUUAAUUUUAGUGAUACUAAGUGUAACACUUCACUGGAGAGACUUGAAUUUUAGUAUUAAGCUAACAAAAGUCUGUACAGAUGGGAGACAUAUUUUCUGCAGUUUUUUUCUACAACUUACUCGAUUUAGUCGAUUUUUUCUCUCUUUAUACAUCUUUUUUACUCUGUUGAAUUUUUGACUUUUGUUGUUAAACGGAUUUCAGAGCCGGACUGGACGUCGUUCCGGCACUGAGUGUAUAAUAACUUGUAGUUAUUGUUGUGAUUCUGAAUAUUAAUGUCUGUUAACCGGUUCCAAUUUUAAGCGGUUACGUGCUUGUCGGCGCCUGCGCCUUCAAUACGUAUACGAUUGUUCGAAGGGCGAAGCAACUUCAAGUUAAUGUUAAUCUAUAUAAACAUGUACGCUAUACAUAUUUUAAAGAAGAUGUAAUAAAUGUAUAUUUAUUUAACACA